CAUAUACUACACGUGUGAUAUAGUUGAAAAUGAAGGUAUGAGGCAGAGUACGAGCGUAUGAGAACUGAAUGUCAGGUGUGACACUCAACUAUGUUCUCUUUUAUCAGCUUCAAAGCUAUUGACUAUGUCUUCGAGACCAGAAACCGUCAGAAGGUGAUGAUGGACUUGUUGGCGCUACCCACGCCCUACAUAGGUGACAAGGAUGACUAUUUCCCUCACAGUGUUACCCUGGCGGAGGUCACCUACAGGAAGCCGUGGGUCAGAGGGAAGGUGCUUUCCACCUCGCUGAGCGCUUCUGUCCUGGAUGACCUCAGAGGAACCACACAACACAUCAACUCAACAGAAAAAUUUGUUGACCCUGGGAGUAUCAAGGACAAGAUGGAGAUUGUAGGGAGCUGUCCUGCUGACUCAGCAGAGCUUCUACACCAGAUGGAAGAGACGAAGCUUGCCCAUCCAUGUGAGGAAUCCUUCUUCAAGUUAACUGCACAGUUGGAUCCCUCAACUAAAGACCAGGAUCUGUUACUGCUGGAAGACAUCAUGGCUGCCGAUUUCCUCCCACGAUUUAAACAACAUUUGCCCAGCCUGAAGAGCAAAGUGUCCCGGCUGAAGACCCUGCUGGUGGCCGACCCGCUAAUAAGCCUGAGUGGAGACUUUGUCACCGAGGAAACAAUACUCAGGCACUGUGCGUCUUCUGAGAGGCCCAAUGACGAGCUGCACAAAGCGGAUAUCGCUGAGGAGUUUACCGAAGAGCCACUAAUGGCAAACGAGUCGUUGCUGUUAGCUGAGCUUCUGGACGACUGCAAGAUGACCGUCGACUAUCCCAGCAGCUUUUCAAGCCUUUGUCGUUGUUUAAAUGUUGUUGCUGAACAACUGGAUGAGCAACUUCCUGACCUGGAGGCGCUUAAUAAAGAUGAAUCAGCAUCAGUGGACAUUUUCCAUUUUUCUUCAGUGCUGACAACCAGCAAAGGAAACUGGAUGAAGGACACACACCCUUCAGAAUGGGCGACACUUCCGACCGACAUGGAGCUGGAGGUGACUCUGAGUCCACCUACCACUGCCACCAGUCACUAUCACGUCUGUCAGAGCAUAUGUGACCUCCAGAGGGAAGAACUGUCUUUACUGGACACACUAUCUUUGGUGUCAGCAGGAGCUCAGAAGCCAAUGGAAGCGUCGCUCUGGAAGGCCGAGAAGUAUCCAAACUAUGUGCUAAGCUUCAUGUUUGCAGAACCUGAAGUAGAAGAAGCAGCCGUUGACUUCCAGCCGCUGAACGAAGCCUUGAAGUUGACAACCUUGGAAAGUUUGGUUCCAGAAACAGAGAGCGGACAGUUUUUUGGUAACAUGCGGGAGUCUCCCGAGAGGCUGAGCGCUGAAGCUCCUUCUCAUGAGGACGACCGCAAGGUGGAAGAAUUUAAGAACGUGUCACCGGAACCUGAUGGAGAGUACUGCUUACAAAGUGCUUCACCUCACCCCAAUGAGUCUACAAUUGCAGCAGUCAUGGUCCAAAAGCAUACCGGUGCCGAGUUCUCUCAAAAAACGUUCCCUCUUGACACAAAAGAAGUCGAACUUUCAACAAGCACCAAUUACAGAACGGCAAACAAGAUGUUUUCCCAAGUCUCAUCCAUAACUUCUACUCAUAAAAUGGAUGGCAACCUCAGAAGCCAGAAAAUUGACGACCAGAGAGGCGUCGUCACGGCAGCCAGAGGUCAUCUGGUGCAGCACGCCGAUCCGCUGACCAGCUUCAUCAUGCUAAGGUCGCAGCAGGCAUCCCCUCCCGCUGAAGCACCAGAGGAGGAACAAGAAAAACAAAGGGCUCCCGAGGUGCACCCUACUCCAAAGCAGACACGCAAAGCAGACAGGAAGCCCACCACCAUCACUACCGCCACCAUCCCCAUCACUACUGCUGCAGUGUCAGGACAAGCCUUCAGAGGGCAGAGCACCACCACCCGUGCCCAGGAUCCGCUCAGCAGCAGAGUGGUUCAAGUUCAAGCCAUUGACAGUCAGCGUCAGGCCUACCACGAGCUGCUGUCCUUGGCUUGGCCUCGUCUAUCGUCUGCCAAAGAGCUGGGCCUCAACCUCCCUGCCUGGAGGGACUUUGAGCGUUUGACCCCGGACCAGACGCGCUACGUGCUCAAACAGCGGGAGAUGGCGCUGUGCAGGAGGACGCUAGCGGAGAGAGGAGAUGAGGAGCAGCUGUUCCACCAGGUGCUUGUGAUCCAUACGCUGGUUACAGCCAGGGAGCUGCUGUUCAAGUGUCACCUGAGUUCUGCUGUGGAGUACCUGAGCAAGGCAUCAGAGACAUGCAUCGACACGGGUCUGACUCAGCUGCUGAGGAGGCUGCACAUCAUCUUACAUCUUGGGCGCAGGAACCGCGAGUCUGACGUGAAACUGCUGGAGCUGCAGAAGCUGGUGGUGGGGCGUCUGCACAACGACAAAAUUCUUGUAAUCACAUCGCUUAAUUGUGACAACAACAUGUCCACAAUCAUGCAAAGCUUGAAACAACUGACAGCUGUAAGUGUAGUUCGCCCCGAUGACGACAAGAGCAAACUGAAUGGCGCCAGUGUUGUCAGCAGCAUUCAAGACAGUGGGUGCGUGUUGGUGUACGAGCAGCAUCUGGGCCCGGACUUCCCGUGGGAUAUUUUCUCUCUGGUGGUGGAGUACGACCAUCCGGGCCCGUCACCGUGGGCGACCGUCUGCAAGGAGAGGAGAGUGCAGCACCUCACCUUUGACACCGUCCUCCAUGGCGGAGAUGAGGAGGCGCGCGAGGACACCCUGGUGGACAAGGUGGCGUAUGUGUUGUUGGUAACUGAGUCGCUCCUCAACUGUGUAUUGUUGCUGCAGGCGCUGGAGUCCAUGUUUAACAUAACGCUGCUGGCAAGGAGCCACUGUCCGUCCCUGCAGAGGCUGGGCGGCACCAAUCACUACUCUGUCAUCACGGUGGAUGAGCGCACUGUCAUUGUUGUUCAGGAGCAGGACGAGCUUUGUGAGGAACAAGCCUGCGAGGUGAUUGUGAUGAGGCUCACCGCUCUGUCGCUGCAGUAUAACUACUGUUGGAUCAUACUGCACUGCCCCGACGGCAAGGGCGGAGGGUUCUCGAGUGAAGCCUUCAGCAACUUGGUGGUGGUCUACUCGUCACUGGUGCUCUUCGGCAUGGAGCUUGAGGACCUGGAUGUCAAGGUCUUGAUUGCGUCGGAGGUGUUGGAAGUGGCCCGCUGGGUCAGCCGGAUCUGCUUUCUCAACCUGAUGUCCAGUGAUCGCAAUCCCGUCAGCUACCUGGAGCGAGACUGGCUGGCCGUCACGUCCUCACAGGAGGAGCAGCACCUGUCAAACUUCCCCUGCGUCAACCCCCUGGUGGCUCAGCUCAUGCUCAGGAGGGCGCCCUCAUUGCCGUGGCUACUGACUGCCUCUCUGACACAGCUGGAGGAGAUGUUGCCAGAGGUACCGCGCAAGGUGCUGAAGCUGUUUAGCGACGCUACCUCCCUGUAUGAAGCUCAGCCAGCCCAGUCGGUUCCAGCCCUGUCAGUUCUAGACCAGUUGGGUCCAGUCCAGGUGGGCCCAGUCUAUCCACUUCUUUCUCCUCCUCCACCCGAGCUCACCAUCCCCAGUUCAGAACCAUUUCCCAGCUUCAACCCCAGCUUCCUGUUGGCCCCCGGGAGCGAGAAUAUCAGCUUCCACUCUCAGGAAGACGCUGCCGAUUUUGCCUAUUACUCUGCGUGGCCCACCAAAAGCCCGGAUCUUAGCAGCUGGGGCGGAUCCAAUCGGUGGAAGGACGGAAAGGGCCAGGAAGUGAUGUUAACUGGUGGCAGGGGCCGCGCGGGAGCAGCGGGGAGGGUGGUAGAGAGGGGAAGCGGCGAGUGGUCACGACAAGGUUUGGGAUCCUUGGAUUCCACCUUCGGCCGCCUCAGCCCGCCUUCACAAGGCCCGCUGUGGAGAGGAGGCCCGACUGAUAGAGGUUCACACCUCAGAGGGAGAUUGUCCGCUAACUAUGGAUCAAGAUACUGGAUGGGACAAGAGAGGAAGAGGAGUGAAAAGGUGGCUGGCUCGACUGGAACAGCACUGAUUCCUCCGAAGAAAAGCAGGCUGAGCUACGAGAAGGUGCCCGGACGGACAGACGGACAGACCAGACUUAAACUCUUUUAAUAACAAAUUCUGUUCAUUUCAAGUCCACUAUUUACACAUAUUUCACACAUUCACUUGUUCUGUUUGCAAGAAGUGAUUAAUGACAGCAUUGCAGUAUUU